AUGCAGAAUGGUGAUAUUUCUAAUUCACAGCUUGUUGCAAUUGAUGCCUGCUACAUGAAGAAGUAUUUGCUCCGUCAUGUUGACGAUACUGAAAAGCUUGUUGCAAAGUUCUACGACCCCCGAAUGGCCAAUAACGAACAUGGUAUGUUUAAAUACAGCAAGAAAGAGUUAUUAGAAUUAUGUCUUAAGGCGUAUAAUAACGAAAGAUGGAUGUACCAGGUAUUAUCGAAAGAUCUGGAAUUCAAUAGCUGCUAUAUAGCCCACAAGAGAGGAUACAUGAAAGUCCGCGUUGAUGGAUACUAUCUUAAGGGGUAUUUCAACUUGUUUAUUUAUAUAGAAACCAUACCGUUAGAUAAUAGCAUUGAGUUGUAUAAAAAGGCCAAGGAACGGUUGGAAGUGAUCCACAAGCAUGGAAUUAUACAUGGGGAUAUAAAGGCAGAUAAUAUACUUUGCGCAAAGGACGGAAAAGUGUAUAUCAUUGAUUUUGCAUUUUCUGUCACCGAGAAUGAAUGGAAUACUCAGAAAAGUAUGAAAUCCGAUAUUGACGAAUUGAGAUAUGUAUUUGUUUUGGUGGAAUGUAAUAUAUAUAUCUGA